AUGAAUAACAACAAAUUAGUGCUCGAUGACGCUGAUAUAACACAGGUUUGUUUAAGUCUUAUUGACAGAGUAAUGAUGAAUUACAAAAAUAUCACAAGAAUAAGACCAUUAAAUGGAAAUUUCAUAUUCAUUUCUGGUCUAUUUAAAGAAGAAAAUGCAAAUGAAAGUAUUGUGAAAAUGAUACAAUUUGCAAAUGAAGUUGCUUAUUCUAUUAAUUCGUACACAGAGUGUGAAUCAUUAGUCACUUGUGUAAUGAGUUAUGGAGGCCCUGUUUACGGCUGCAUGACUGGAAUUUCGAAGACUGUUUUUGAUGUUUUUGGAAUGCCUUUAGUUGAAUGUUUCGACAUGAUGGAUUUGGCACCUCCAGGAAAGAUUUUGUUUGUUGAUGACGCGUACGAAAUGAUUGAUGAUAAGUCAAAGUUGAGUCCAUUCAAAGCGAAUAGAUUAGUAGAAAAGAAAUUGUUCGUGCUGAAUUCAUAUAUCGGAAUGGAUUUUGUUCAAGAUCAAUAA